AUGGCCGCAGUGCUGACUCUCACGGUGCUCGCAGUUCUGAGCCGCCUCACGCCCGUGGCCUCGACUCCAGCACCAAACACCUAUGUUCAUCCUCCAAAUGGUCUUUGCACUGACUACUCCAUAACGGAGCAAACGACUUCGUCGGACGCAAUUUGGGGCCUUCCUAAGUUCCAGACCAACUUCGACAUCGCAUCCUUUCUUUUCAAUAGCACAAGGAAGGACUCCCAGGUCAAUGUACUCCCGCCCAUUUCCGGCUACGAGAACCGGACAAGCAACUACACGGUUUCGGCGACCUUCUGUUCACCCCGGAAGCCUGGGAACGGUAAGGAGACAACAGUUCUUGUAGCCACACACGGCCUCGGAUAUGAUGGACGCUAUUGGGCAUCCUCGUACAAGCCUGAAGAAUACAGCUUUGCCCAAUAUGCGCUUGAGAAUGGCUACUCGAUCUUUUGGUACGAUCGUGUGGGAACUGGACGUUCACAAAUAGUAUCUGGAUACAAAAAUUCAGUCAACUAUCAGGCUGAACUUUUAGCACAGAUUGUUAGAAGGAUGAAAACUGGGGCAUACGCAGGGAACAUCAAGGCCAGUAAGGUCGUGGCGGUUGGUCAUUCCAUGGGCUCGAGGAUAACGAAUAUCGUAUUGUCCAAGUACGGGGAUCUUAUCGAUGGUGCCGUUCUUACUGGGAUGGCCCUAGGCAAUGACUCAAUCGAUCCCUUCCCUCUAGCAAAGGCAAUCCCUCACUUUCUGUCAACUGCUUUCCGACCACGCCUUGCGAACACCGAUGGCCAUUACUUCGCUCGCGACACCGGCUACGCCGACUUCGGCGACAUAUAUGCCCAUGCACAAUUGUUCUUUCGGGCGCCGUAUGACAUCCCAACCAUUGAAUACGCGCAAUCGAUUCGUCAGCCUCUCUCUUUACUAGAAUACUUGAGCGUCUCAGCAUUGAAUUAUUAUGCUCCUUCCUUCACGAAGCCAAUCAUGCUCACCACUGGCGAAAACGACUUCCUAGUAUGUGGCGGUAACUGCACGACUUCGUUCUAUCAGGUCGGGGAGCAGGCUUCCACCUAUUCUCACGCACAAGUCAUCGAGACCUACCUCCAUCCCCAUGCUGGCCACGGCACCAAUUUCGCUGCUAAUGCGACUGGCUUCUAUCGUGAGAUUGUGUCCUUCUUGGACAGAAAUGUUUGA